AUGUUAUUUUUGUUAGCAUUACUCUCAAAUAUAAAUUGCUCAAUUUAUGAUAAGUUAAAAUACAUAGAAAAUUAAAUAGAGUUGACUUAAAAUAUUGAGUACUUUGAGGCAAGAAAAAGAUUUCUGGAUGGAGUUAAAAUAAAAAACAUAUUUGAAAUGGACAAAGAUAUAAUUGACAUUCAUAUAUUCCAUUUAAAAUAAUUGCAUUACCCCUCCUCACAAUUACUCGUUUGUAAAUCAAGUGAUAAUGAAAUAAUGAUAAUAAAUUAAUUGGGAACAAUAAUAGCAUAAUACAAUCAUACAAAUCAUAUAUUGAUGACAGAUAUUUUGCAUAAUGUGGAUGAAUUUUAUAUUGGAUUGUACGAUGCACAAAGGAAUCUAACAAUAAUCAACAUGACCAUUACCGAUAAAAAUAUCAAAGAAUAACCAAUCGAUGACAUUCGUAGAAUUGAUAAAAAUGGAUUUUAUCAUGAUAUUGAGUUGACGUGGGCAUCAAGUUUUGAGCUCAAUCACGAGGCAACCUCAAUAUUAGUUAAUUCUGGUCGAAACACAAGAGUGUUUUUGGUUGGUGAUGAAAAUGGAGCAAUUUCUUAUUAUUUUUAGAAUGGUACAUUAAAAAACAAAAAUACCAUAUCAACAACCCCAAUCCUAAACUUAUUAAGGAGACAUCCACACAUUAUGUUUUAAACAGAGAAAUAGAUUGGCUUCUUGAAUUCUGUAUCCCUGACCAUUGUAACUCCAAAGUGUGAUCAGCCUGCAGCCUCUAUAGUUUCAAUAUAUUAGGAGAAUAUCUACAGUCAAAAUAUCUAUGUGUUGCUAUCCAAUUAGGAUAUAUUAAUAUAUCAAAUAAAAUCAGGGAAGCAUCACGAAUGUUCAAUUUCCUACAAGAUUCCCACCUUACAAAAACUAAAGAAUAUUAGAGUAAUCAAUUCAUAUUUGAUUGGAUAUGAUAAGACUUUGUAAAUCUAUAACACUUCCUUAUAUAAGUCCCUAUACUAAGAUGAGGUUCUCUAUCUAACAUCAUUGGAUGAUCAAAGAUUAUGGUAUUAAUACUAUUCAAUACGCUCACAUAAGAUCAAUGCUUAAACCAGUAAUGCUUAUGAGUUCUACACUUCGAAUAAUAAGACUACGAUCAGAUAAUUGGAAUUGACUCAUUACCCUAUGCCUUAGAGUUCUUCUUUCUCUUUAAUGGAAUCUUUCAGAUUUCCUAUGAUCUUGGUGGCAAUCUUCAUUGUGUUUAUCUUCUAAUUCUGGCAAAAAAAGAAGAAGACUGAUAAUGAAAGUGAUGAGUUAAGUGUAGACAUGAAAAAGAAGAUCGAUGAUAUGGUGAAACAAUAUAAAAAAUAUGAUAAGCCAGAAUGA